AAUAUAAUUUUCCUCAAAUAAUUUAAUUGAAAUGUCUCUAAAUGGAUCUAUAUUUGAUGUCGAGGAGCGCCUGGACAACUUUAUCGUCCGCAAGAACUCCAAGAAGAGAGACUUUUCAAAGACAGGACCAACCGUUCAUGAGAAUGUUCCCCUGACUUUAGGACAUCUACAACGAGUUACAAAUUGUCCAGAAAGAGAAAAGGUCUUCCUAACUGCGAACAAACGUGUUGAUGAAAUUCAUUUUAGCACCUGCAUCGUCUAUGCUCUUGUGGUUGGACAUGGUACUCACAAUAAUGCAUUCUACAAGUACAUCAUUGACGAUGGCACGGGCUCCCUGGAGGCAAGUUUUCCCAAAAACACCGCAAAGCGAACGGCCAUGGCCGGUCUGGCCAAUGAGGCUCAAUCAGUCGGAUCUUACGAUAAAUACAAGGAUAUUUCGUCAUGCUUGCUCCGGAUCUUGGGAGCCGUAAAUGACUACACCGAUCCCACUCAGAUAAAAAGAGGUGACUACGUCUGCCUUCGGGGAAAACCGAACAUAUUCAGAGGGUCUGUGGGAUUGGAUGUGUUUUCCUUUGUCAUAGACCAAAACAAAUGUCGGGAACUGGAGAUCGGGUUCGCCGAUCACUUGAUUGAAUGGCACGAUAAGGUUAAACCAAAUAGCUAGUAAUAUAAGUUUUUUCUUGUAUUGAAAUUUUACAAUUAAUAAAAAAUCAAGCUUUAAAUAUAUAU